AUGUCUUCAGCAGUUGCCAAUAACUCCUAUAACAAUGCUUAAAAAUUAUCAGAGUUUACAAAAGUCUUUACUUCAUCAUCUAAAGAGCCUUAUGAUAAUUCAAAUUAAUCUUAUAGACAGGGAGAUCCGAUUGGCCCUCACUAUGAAGUACCAAAUUUAGCGUCAAUGCUUUAUGAGUAUACUAAUAAAGAGCAAGAACGAAUUAGAUAAGGUUUUAGAAUUGGAAACUUCAUCAGUUUGAGAGAUUUACCACAUGAAAUUAAUCCUGGCAAUGUAUUGAUGACAUAGCAGCAAAAGAUCGAAGGGAAUUUAUAUGGUCCAAUGGAAAACAGAGGAGCACAUGUUAAGACCUAUGUUGAGCUGUCCUAUGCAGGAGGUUACUUCUCUAAAUUUGAUUGGAAGCCAGAACCAUUUGGAUUAUUUUUGGAAUCAUAAAGAAAAGGUAAUUAGGAGGGUAGAGAUAAGCAGCUAGAGGUUCAUGGCAAGGUUCCAUUUUACUCUUAGCCAAACAUUCAACUACUGCCAAAGCAUAUCUCUGCAUUUUAGAGUACAAGUGGACCUGAUAUGCAGGCAGCUUCUACAUUCUAUGGAGAAGAUGAUCCAUACGAAGCAACUAAGUUUGAGAUUCUAAGAGAAAAAUGGCUUAGUGAUUCUAAGAUCCUAUAUGGGGAAUUCAAGCCUGCUCAUAAUUCUUAAAACAUGAAGAGUGUCAAUAAAUAACAUCUCCCAGAGAUUGUUGGACUUGUUAAGAGAUAUCUUCUAUCAGAUUGGUCAGACAUUAACUUCGUGAUAGGAACUAAUCCUGAAGACUUUAUCGAAAUGAGAUUUGAUGCUUAGUCUCUUGACUCUCCCAAAGGGUUGCACGCUUAUCUCAAUAAUUUAGUAAAUAUGAAUGAAAUGAUGCUAAGAUACUAACUAAGAAGAGUUACUGAGUAUUGGGGUGUCUUUGGGGAUGAUGGGCAGCACAUUUAUUAUAUGCUUGCACCUCCUUUCAUUAGGAUAAGAAAUCCUACGCUCUAUCUCAAACAAAUACAGAAUGUAUCUGGAGGAGUUUCAUCUGAAAAAUAAUGA